AUGGCUGCAUUGCUUAAAAAGAGAGCAUUAGCCGAAUACAAUAAAUCUUUUCAAGAUGGACCAUCAUCAAAAAAACUGCAUUUGGCUAAGAAACCAUUGAUAGGUAGCUCUGCAGCUGCUUUUGUAGGACUUUUAGAGAAAUGCAAAUCAAGUGAGGAGGCUCUUCAGUUACUACUGAGGAUAUCAGAUUGCUUACAAUUCCAAGAAUCAGAUGUAGAGGAGGCCAUCAAAAAGCUCUCAGAGCAUUUCCGAUCAGAGGAGGAGUCUGUUGUUAGAGUUAAAAUUUUGUGGUUGUAUUGUGACAUUGGAUUGGAAUGUCCAGGUGCUAACCUGAACAAUUUAAUAGAAGAGACAAUACAUUUAAUUAAAAAUGAAACAUCACACAAGGUUAUAGCACAAGGCAUCGCAACAUUACUAAAGUUGGGUUCUAAGUUAAGCGAUGACAAGAUUCUUAUGAUGCGCCUUGUGAAUGUGGCAAAAGACAAUCUUAAAGAUACAAGCCAUUCUGUGAAAUGCCGGUCUCUACAGCUUAUUAGUGAACUAUAUCCAAUUUACCCAGAAUCAGAUAGAACACAAGACAUGACAGUGGAAGCAGAUGCAAUUGUAAAAUUAUUAGGAGAUUAUUCAAAUGCUGAGGAUGCAAGAGUAAGAUGUGAAGCGUUUCAAUCACUAUUAACAUUACACGAGAGAGGUCAGACAUUGAAUGCAUCUUUGUAUGAGCAUGUAUGUGAAUCUUUAUCAGAUGAUUAUGAAAUUGUGAGGGAAGUCGCUCUUAAGCUGGUUUGGCUGCUGGGAAACAAGUAUCCAGAGAAUUCAAUAACAUUGCCUGAUGGUGAAACAACUAUCCGCAUGGUUGAUGAUGCAUUCAUACGCAUUUGUUCGGCGGUGAACGAUCUAUGUAUGCAAGUGCGGGCUUUAGCAUGUUCGUUGCUUGGAAGCACCUGUGCAGUAUCCGAUCGCUUUUUACUGCAGACGCUCGAUAAACAGCUCAUGAGUAAUAUGAAGAAGAAGCGCACGGCGCACGAGCGCGGCGCGGAGCUGGUGCGGUCGGGCGCGUGGGCGAGCGGGCGGCGCUGGGCGGACGACGCGCCCGGCCAGCUGGUGGAGCAGCACAGCGUGCAGCUGCUGCCCGGCGGCGCCGCCGGCGCCUUCGUGCACGGCUUGGAGGACGAGCUCAUGGAGGUGCGUACGGCGGCAGUAGACGCAGUGUGCCAGCUUUCAAUGGAGAACCCGAUAUUCGCGAUCACAUCGCUCGACUUUCUCGUGGACAUGUUCAAUGACGAAAUAGAGGAUGUACGAUUGCGGGCCAUCGACAGCCUUACGAAAAUCUCACACCACAUAAUACUGAGAGAGGAUCAGUUGGAGAUCAUUUUAGGAGCUCUAGAGGACUUUUCAAUGGAUGUAAGAGAAGGCCUUCACAGGAUGCUGGGUUCAUGUACUGUAGCUUCAAAAACGUGUCUUGAAAUGUGUAUAGACAAAAUAUUGGAAAACCUUAAAAGAUAUCCCCAGGACAAAAGGUCUACAUUCCGAUGUGUGCAACGGAUGGGUAGCUCUCACGCUUCCCUAGUACUGCCUCUUACAACUCGCUUGCUUGCCGUACAUCCCUUCUUUGAUAUGCCAGAACCUGAUGUAGAGGACCCUGCAUAUAUGUGCAUACUGAUCCUGGUAUUGAACGCGGCGCAGCAUUGCACCACAAUGCUGCCACUGUUUGAGGAGCACACAAUCAAGCACUACACAUACCUACGUGACACUAUGCCGCACUUAGUUCCGCAUUUACCUAUUGGAGAAUCCCAGUUUUCCCGGUCGGAGAGGAGCGAGACAGCAAUAGACGACAGUGCUGUGCGUCGUUUCUUCGACUCCGUGCUGCAGCAUAUUGAUAACGUUACACUGUCCUCUAACGUGAGGCUUAAGAUGCUACGCGCUGCUGAAGAACAGCUGAACAAGCUGGCGGAGAUGGAGCCGCUGGUGAGUGGCGCGGCGCAGUUCACGGCGCUGUUCGCGGGCUGCGUGCUCGCGCUGCACCACGCGCUGCUCGCCAACUGCGGCCCGCCGCCGCACGCGCUCGCCAACCUCACCACGGACUGCCUGAGACUCCAACAUCAGUUCAGCGGCGUGUCGGAACAAGAGAGUGCGUGUGUGGGUCAACUGGCCCUUCGCGUGGCAGCGGCUCGCUUGUGCGCUCCCGACGCGAUUGCCACGGCCACUGCCACGAGCACCACCGCUGCCACUACGGCCGCAAUGUCCGCCGCUGCCGCACUCACUCAUCAAGCCGAGAUGUUAGAUAGACUUUUAGCGUCUGCCGGUGUGGAACCAGACCCAUUCACCAUCGCAGUAUUUCAGUUGUUGUCGGCAAGCGGAGAACACAAGCCGGCAUCCUUAGCGCGAGCUUUAAUGCCCCUACUGCAGGCUGCGCCACUGCCGACUAUACCUAAACCCAAUCUCAAGAUCCGCAUGUGUUCGGCGAGCAUCCUGGAGCCGGCGAACGACAACGACACGGUGGUGCGGUUCAGCGCGGGCCUGAUCGCGGGCGUGGCGCUCGAGGCCGAGGUGGUGCGCGUGCGCGAGCCGGGCGCGCUGCGCGUGCGCGUCGCCUACCCCGACCGCCGCGUGCACGCGCUCGUGCCGCCGCGCGACCACCUGCGCCCGCUCGACCACCUCGACACAAAUGACGACGGUACACAGAACGUACGGCUGCUAACAAAAGUUCUGAUAUCACACGGAGUGUGGACGGAACCGUGUGGCGUCGAUAUAUCGAUUUGUUUGGCGGUGGAGGAAACAAGCGGCAGAGAACCGGCACCUCUCGUGGAGCUAUGUCGUCCAGUGCGGGUCACUGUGGCCCCGAAACCGAUCAAAAGGGGAAUAUAA